ACCCUCUCCAUCUAUAAAAAGAAACCCCAAAACGAAAAAUCACAACGGCACAUUUCCAGUAACAAAAACAGAGAGAAGAAAAACUCAAAGGAAAGUCCGGGAAGAAACUUUCCCAGAAACUUUACAGAAGAUGUCGGGGAGAGGAAAAGGAGGAAAGGGGCUGGGAAAGGGAGGCGCGAAGAGACAUCGGAAGGUGCUCCGCGACAACAUCCAGGGGAUAACGAAGCCGGCGAUCCGACGGCUGGCGAGGCGGGGCGGAGUCAAGCGAAUCAGCGGCCUGAUCUACGAGGAGACUCGCGGUGGCCUCAAGAGCUUCCUCGAGAACGUCAUCCGCGACGCCGUCACCUACACCGAGCACGCUCGCCGGAAGACCGUGACCGCCAUGGACGUCGUCUAUGCUCUCAAGCGCCAGGGUCGUACUCUCUACGGCUUCGGAGGUUGAUUCUUGUUCUGAUGCUUCUCCUCUAGAUCUAGGGCUGGGGUUUGGGAUUUUCAUCUCUUUUGUUGCCGAAAUGAUAGAUGAAUUCUCUGUAUUAACAAUGGUAUAUUGGUGUAUUUCUGCUCGUAUUCGGUUUAGGGUUUUUUGUAUUUGGGAUUAGGGUUUUUUUUUUUUCCUGACCGAAUUGGACGAAUCAGACGUUUGAUUUGUGAUAUUGAAGCCAAAUUAUAAGUUCAAUUUUUGUAUUGACUCUGGUA